AUGGAUGAUAAGAAAUUUGAAGAAAUGCUCGAAGAAAACUCUGCUGAUGAAGUCAGCAACCUCAGCCUUAUUACCAAAGCCCUUGAGACUAUUCAAGGACAGAUAGGAGCGAUGGCAGAAUUUUUAAAUUUAAUGUAUGAAGAAAACGAGAAAGAUGUGAAGAACGUAGGAACACAAACGCCAGCUCAUGGACCUUACAAACCAGACCAUAGACAAUAUACUCAGUAUAAGCCGAGACCUAUUCACCACAAUCGCAAGAAUUGGGACAACCAAAAGCUCAGAGAUGAUAUCAGAAGGGAAUUUAUUGAGAAAUUGAAAAUUUAA